AUGACCAUUCACCUCUUCGGAGCAGGUUCAUCUCCUGGUUGUUGUAACUUCACAUUGAAGAAGACCACUGAUGACCAUGAGCAAGAAUUUGGUUUCAAACCAGCCGAGUUCCUGAGGAAAGAUUUCUAUGUUGAUGAUGGCCUCAAAUCUGUACCUUCUACAAGUGAUGCAAAGGAGCUCAUAUGCGAGACUAAAGAGAUGUCUUGGCCAAGAGGAUUUAAUCUGCAUAAAUUUACAAGCAACAAGAGAGAAGUCAUCGAGGCCAUACCGGUCGAAGAUGGUGUGAAAGGUUUAAAGGAGUUGAAUCUUGAGAAGGACGAACUGCCUAUGGAAAGAGCACUUGGUGUGGGUUGGUGCAUCAAGUCAGACACCUUCAAGAUCCAGAUUGUGAUGCAAGAUUGCCCUUUUAUGCAAAGAGGAAUUCUAUCUACAAUUAGCAAUGACUAG